CGUGGAGAAUCACAUCAGUCGUAAUUUUUGCGAGUAAUAUGAUCUACAACUCUUCUGUAUCUUGCUAAUGCUUAAGUUUAUGCUUUCUCAAUACCUUUGGAACACUAAUUAGUACACGAAUCGUGGGUCAUCUACAACAACUGCUAAUUCAUACGCUACGUGCUACGAUUUCGGAAACGACCGGAAAUACCAGGCUUCGCGCUUUCUCGCGCUAUAAUUUUUUUCGGUGUGUGGCCAUGCGUGCUGUGCAAGGACACCGUGCUUAAAAUGGUCAUUACGCAUUCUGUCAAACGCUAGGGUAGUGAAAGUUGACCUAACCGUGGCGCGGUAGUCUUUAAUUUGGAGCGUACGUGUUAAUUUUCUGAGUGGAAUUUGUGCUUGGAUUCAGCAGAAACUACACAAGCAACAAUAAUAUUCUGUUUUGGAACCAAUGGCAGUGCACUUUUGCUGCAUGAUAACGUUUUCGUAGUUCUUUCUUGCCAUUCUGUAAAUAUCGAAUGUCCAGGCCAAUGGAGUGUACUGGCUAUUAUUGAUUUAUGUACUUUUCAUUAUGUCCACGUUCCGAUGGCACCCUUAAAGCCGGGAGGAAUUUUUGGUUGUGGGUUACUUAUUUUUGCCGUGCUACUGCACAUAAAAAAUGCGAACACCCAAGAUCCCGCACCAAACGUCAUUGAUGCUUUGGCCGGGCUUAAAACGCAAUUAAAUACAGUCAACUCAACAGCCGACCUCCUGUGCGAGUCAUCUCGAAUGGUAGUGAAUUUGACCUUUGCUAAGCCUUUUUUUGGGAAGAUUUUCGCGGAAAAUAAUGAUACUGACCAGCGCUGCUGGCUGCGUGGAACAGGGGCUAGGACUUACCAAUACGCUAUUCCUCUGAAAGAAUGCGGCACUCGGCAGAUUUCUUUACGGGAAUUUGAGAAUACACUACAGGUGCGAUAUGGUCCCAAAACCGAUGAAAUCCAACUGGAAGAUGAACGAAAAACCAUACUGUGCCGUUAUCCACCACCUGUCGUUCCGCCAAUCAUCCCUCCGCCGCCGCCAGUUGCCGGAGCUCCUCCCAUUGUUCCCAAAGCUUCCGUAAGUGAGCUGGAAUUGCUCCUCAUUAUUGCAGCGGUGUUAUUUCUCGGCUUACUACUCCUGGGACUAUGCUGCGCCUGGUGGUGCUGCAAACGACGAGCAGCCGCAAAAGCGGUGGAAAGCGAAGGUGUCUUAAUCGAAGCGCCGGAUGUGAUGAAGCUAGCUGGCACCACUGUUCCCUUCUUGGACAUCCGCAUUCCACGGGCCACCGCUUCUACCGCCGGUAGCGAUGUUAGCGAAUCCGCGCUGAUCCAGCGGCUGGAAGAAUCCGAGAAUUUCCCUGUUGUGCCGCAUGGCGAGAACGAAAUUAUGCGCAUUCCUCACGUUACCCAGUUGAGCAAAGGUUACGAACUGCAGGAAGCCACCAUGGUCAUUCCCGCCGGGGGUGACAGACCAUCGGAAGCAUCGGAAGGCGGUAUGGAAACCGAGAUUGUGGAGGAGAUUGAGCGAGGUCUGAUUCCGCCCAUUCCACUCCGACCGCCGUCUCCGCUGCAGAGAACGGAACUGGAGAGGGAAACUCGCACCGAUCAGAUAGAAACGGAGUUGGAGCAUACAUUGAUCGCCGGGCGCCGGAUGCAGAGGUUACCGUCCUCCGAACCGCCUCUUGAUAUGCGUAGUGUAACCGAGCUCAGCGAGGAAAGCAUCACCCGGCGUACGGCUCUUCCCAAACCUCCACCAAUUGUACCGAAGCUCCCACCCAAGAUGAGUACGACUGAGCUGGAAACCGAAACACACUCGGUAACGGAGUCACUGGAAAAUGAGCUGAUUUUACGGGCUGUGCCAAAGAAGCAACCGAGAAUGUUGCCGCCUAUGCAGUUGCCAUUGGACUCGACCACAGAAACAACAGUAACCGAGGAAGUCCGGGAGAGGAUAUACCCCGCACGUGGUGAUACCACGACGACCACAUUGACCGAAAGGUCAAGAAUCGCCGGUCCACAAGAUGUUACAACGGUUACAACAACCACAGACGAAACAAGAAUUUUAGAGAAACUGGAACAACCGCCGGUUCCACCGCCCCCACUAUCCACUACAACGAGAAAUGUAAAGGAAACCAACGUUCGGCGAAUAUUCGAUAUCUACGCCGACCGACCACCGCCCACCAUGUCGCCUGCUCGACCACCUGAGACUACUACAACACACACUACUACCACGGAUAUUCGUAGGAGAGAAAUUGGUGUGCCAUUCAAUGUUCCGCCAGCGCCAGUAACAACCACCACGACGACAAAGGAAACUGACAUACGACGAGAAUACGAAUACGCUGCCCCACCACCGCCACCAGUGACGACGACUCAGACCACCACUGAAACAAAUAUACACCGCGAUUACAUGUUAGCACAAGGGGCACCACCGAUACGUUAUGCUCCCUCCACCAGAGAAACGUCCACGUCGUUUAUCAGCGAAGAGCAUCGUAUUCCCCCGCGUCCAGUCUAUGGUCCGGAUACCACUACCAAAACCACUACCACAACGGAAGAGAAUAUCCACCGAGAAUUCGAUGCCUACACAUCCCGAACAAUGCCUCCGCCAAUGGGCCCGUUGUCGUCGACUUUCAGAACAGUCCAACAUCAACGAUUCGGCCGCCGACCUUUUCCUCUGGAGCAAGAUACCAACGCAGUGCUUCGCGAUACCUCAGCGUACGCAACUAGUCAUACCGAAGACUUUAGAGAGGAAACUCACACCGGAAGUCGUCGCCAUCCAUAUUAUCCUGACAGUGGUUCCUUUACUGAGAGAACUACACAACGACUGGAAAGCGAGAGUUAUCCCAGCGGAGAAUACGCUGUUCCAAGUACUGCUGGCACUCAUGACCAGCGCUUUAUAUCAACUGCCACAAGAAACAUCCAAAAAGAAUUAGAUAUCGGAACACCUCCUAAAAGUUCGACACCAGAUGACGCUUCAGUGCGCGAGAGCGUGACCCAUGCGAAGACGACCCGCAGCACGGACAUCCGCCGUGACCUAGAUGUUAUGCCACCGACGUUUAUACCGCGGCCGACGCUAAGCGAAAACCGUGGAACUGAAACAAUCACAACUACUGAGAGACGCGAUUCUCGGCGAGGUUACGCAAUAGCUUUGCCAACAAUCCGUCCGUUUGAACAAACCAGUGAAUUCGAUGAGCCGCGUCAUCCAGUAACUUGGACACAAAUCCAACGCGUACUGGACGAAGAUACUAAUCGAAACCGCACCUCCGUGUACCAGAUUAGUCUUCUUCCAUCGGCCGACGUGGAAAGACUGCAGGAUCUUAUGCAUUACGACCAGCAGUUCCAGUCCUAUGUCACGCGUGUCCGAACCGUUUAUGACCUGUACUAUAUCAGCUUCCAGCAACCCUACGAUACGUAUUUCAGCCAGUCCUCCUGGACGAUAAUAAUCAGGAUAUUCAUCAAUGUUUUGGAUCUUCCUCGGCCGCACCCUGGAGAACCUGGUUUUGUCGAGCCGGAGGCCGAAUGGUUCAUUCCACCCCAUCCUGCAGAAAGACAUAGUGAUAUGGAAUCUGUAGCUACAACAGCUCAGAGCUACGCAGAACGAGCACUAUCAGAAUUCACCGAAGAAGUGCCACAUAUAAACCCUGCACGAUUUCCGGGACAGUCCGGUUCUGACGGGUCGGAUGCAGGGAGCAGUUAUUUUGGAUCUGUGGCACGUCGCGGUGGAUCGGAGUAUGCAGUGUCGGAGCGGUCUGUGUCAGAGUAUUUUGAGAACGCUCCAACUAUUCCAUUCACCAGAACGUCCAGGCAAGUGCGCACGGUACAAAGAGUGGAAGAGGAAACAACAUCCGAAUUGUGAUAGUUAUGCUUUUGCUCGAUAUGCGUUAUUUUGAUGACCUUUAACCGUUUGAUUGUCCGUGCCAUUGAUACGUUCCCGUGUGCUAACCGUAUGGUACUGCCUUUUCUCUACUCAGUUGUCUGUGCUUCUUGAAUUUAUGGAGAGGUGAAUAUUAACACUUUGGGAUUUCCUGGCUUAAAAGUUUCGUUUUGUCCGAUUGGUUUGCAUUUCUCGAAAGCUGUUUGAUUGAGUAACCAGACUUACAUGCUGCAAUAAUAAAUUCUGCAC